AUGGCCAACUUUGAAGUCCUGGACGAAGCCUCGGACAGCUUUGUAUUACCACCACACAUCCAUCCGUGGCUACGGGCAGUCGUCGCACUCGGUUUCAUCUCCUUUGCCGCAUCGGUUACCCUCUUCUUCAUCCUCAUAUACAAGCUCAUAUCCUGGCACAUCAAAUCGAAACGGAGCAACCAAUUCGUCAUUCUCAUCUUCAACCUUCUUUGGGCCGACAUACAACAAGCACUGGCUUUCUCUCUGAAUGUCGAGUGGUUACGACUGGGUUCGUUACAAGUCGCAAAUCCGAUAUGCUUUGCACAAGGAUUGCUGGUCUCGACUGGUGACUUGGGCAGUGGAGUAUGGUGCUUUGCGAUUGGAUUGCAUACUUUUGCAUCGGUCAUUCUUGAUUGUCGACUGAAGCCAAAAGCCUUCCAUGCGGCUAUUGCUGCAGCAUGGAUAUUCAUCAUUGGUGUUUCUUCAAUUGGCAUUGGUCUGCAUGGAACGAACCUGUAUGUGAGGUCUGGAGUGUGGUGCUGGAUUCACCAUGAUCUGAAAGAUCUUCGGUUAUGGACUCAUUACAUUUGGAUCUUCAUAUUUGAGUUCGGGAAUGUACUAAUCUACGCCAUCACCUACACAGUCCUGCUCCACCGUAUUCACACCGGCUACUAUACUCCCGAAGAAUCGAAACGAGUCCGAGCGAUAUCGAACCUUAUGGUCGUCUAUCCCGUUGUCUACGUGAUAUGCACACUCCCUCUCGCCUCCGCCCGUAUGGCAGCCAUGACCGGGGAACCUCCAUCACUUGCCCGCCUCUGUCUGUCUGGUGCGAUGAUCACCUCAAACGGCUGGCUUGACGUCCUACUGUACACCUGCACCCGCCGUAUAAUGAUCUUCAGCGACGAGCCGCCGUCUGACGACAACGGAUUCGACACCUUCUCUACGUUCUGGCACAACAAGCCUACACGCUUCGGAGGCGAGACCACCAUCGAAGCCUUGCAUUCGAAGAAGAGCAGACGCAAUGCAAGCAAGAGCGCGCUACCGUCUGGAAGAGGUAGCUUAGACGAUCUAUUUCCGGUGGGAAGUAAAGACAUCAAGCUGGUCAUGACGACACAUGUCACUAGUGAACCUGCGAAUGAUGAGGAGUUUGAGGAGAUGGAGGCAGGUGCUAGGAGGAUACGGCCGAGGACCCCGCUUAGUCAGUGGAGCGAGGAGACGAAGAGUAUGAAGAACUUGUCUCCUAUAUGA